GUGUGUGUGAGUCUUUCUCAGCGGUGAAGAAUGCUGUUGCUUCUACUUCUCUCUCAUCUCUCAUUCUCAGGUGCUGUGCAGAGUGGCAUCUUUGGUGGUCGUAUGGCCAAGCCCCACUCCAGACCCUACAUGGCCUCACUGCAGAAUGGAGGACAACACGUAUGUGGAGGGGUGCUGAUCAGCAAGGACUUUGUACUGACUGCUGCACACUGUCUUAAUUACAGGCCAUUAACAGUAGUGCUGGGAGCCCACAACAUCAGUAAGAAGGAGUACACACAUCAACAGCACAUUGGUAUCUGUGUCUACAUCCCUCACCCAAACUACCCUGAAGAAAAGCUUCCCAAUACCGACCCCAGGACUCGAGAACACGACAUCAUGCUGCUGAAGCUGAAGACCAAUGCUCAGCUGAACGAGGCUGUGAAGGUGCUGGAGCUCCCUAGGAAUACUGAGAAGAUCCCACAAGGUGCGAUGUGUGAGGUAGCUGGGUGGGGGGUCAGAGUCCCUGGACAAGGAGCAGAGAGUGUCCUGUAUGAAUCUACAGUCACGCUGGACGAUGUCAAGAAAUGCAAAAGGGCAUGGAAGAAGUACUUUAACCCCUUCCAGAUGACCUGCAGCAAAUCAGAUGGAAAAGAUGGAGUCUGUCAGGGUGAUUCUGGAGGUCCUCUUAUCUGUGCAAAGGGCAAGUCCAAGGUCCUGUAUGGAGUCACAGCCUACACAGGUGCACCAUGCGACACCCCAGAAUACCCAGAAGUCUACACAAGAGUGCCCCACUUCCUGCCCUGGAUUGAAAAUGUUCUUGAUGUGAAUGAUGCUCAGGAUUGAGGGUUCCAUCAGGUGUCAUAUGAUUGAAUGAAAUAACAUUACAGUAAAUAGCUAGAGUCCUAGAACACUUGAUAUGACUGGAAAACAACUAUCAAUUUGUAUUAUUUGUUUCUUUUUCUAUGAACUUCUUUUGUCAUAUAGCAGCUUGUUCUGGAGGUAAUUUGUGCUGAUAUCUGUUCUUUCCUGUCAGUAUGACGUAGCACAUCAGCUCUCCAGCCUUCAGCAUGACAUACAAUAUGACAUGAACCAUAUGAAUGACAA